CGCACGAGAGCACCGCCAUCUUGUGGAUGUCAAAGACAAAACAGUGGAAGGAUCACUCAAGAACUGGGUGUUUAUUGCAAAUAUAGGCCAUCAAUUGGCCUGUAGAAGCAUGAAUGCCUCUCUCAAAUACUAAUAAACCAAAUCUGCAGGACGAGCAGAAAUUGGACGGCGACGAAAACCGGAAGAAGCGUAAAUUGAGCGAGGGCAUAUCACCCCCAAAUCACAAAAGGGCUCGUGAAAAUAUUGACGAAUCGCAGAUGACUGACUCACAGAGAAGAGCCAAUUUCUCUGCUAUCUCAAGUCCAAGCAAUGGACUCAAUAAACAUGUGUCGCCACUGGCUAAUAAUAAACCAGGAGCGACUAAGAAACUAGUGAUCAAGAACUUCAGAGAAAAACCCAGACUUCCAGAGAAUUUCCAGCAGCAGACAUGGGAGAAGUUGAAGGAGUCUGUGGAGGCCAUACAGAGGAGUACGUCGAUUCGCUGGAGUCUGGAGGAGCUGUAUCAGGCCGUGGAGAACAUGUGCUCCCACAAAAUGUCCGCCCAGCUGUACGACCAGCUGAAGGAAGUCUGUGAUAAACAUGUACGCUGCAACGUGGAACAGUUCAAAGCUGAAAAUGUUGGAUUUGAGCAGUUCCUGAAGAAUGUGGAUGGUUGUUGGCAAGCUCAUUGCCGUCAAAUGAUUAUGAUAAGGAGUAUUUUCCUGUUCUUGGACAGAACCUAUGUGUUACAGACCUCAUCUGUUAUGUCAAUAUGGGACAUGGGUUUGGAACUGUUCCGGACACACGUCAUGUUCCACCCACUGGUACAGAAGAGAACAGUGGACGGCAUUCUACAGCUGAUAGAAAGGGAGAGAACUGGGGAAGCUGUGGAUCGACAGCUGAUCAAGAGUCUGCUCAGGAUGUUGUCGGACUUACAGAUGUAUGUUGAUGCCUUUGAGCACUCGUUCCUGGAAGCCACAGAAAGUCUGUAUGCAGCCGAGGGCCAGCAACUGAUGCAGGAGAGGGAUGUUCCAGAGUACUUGGCCUAUGUGGACAAAAGACUCCAUGAAGAGAUGGAGAGAUUGCUACAUUACCUCGACAUGUCUACCAAAAAACCACUUGUCAGCUGUGUGGAGAAACAGCUCCUGGAGAAACAUUUAACACAAAUACUCCAAAAGGGUUUGGACCAGCUGUUGACAGAGAACAGAAUCAAGGAUUUGACCUUGAUGUACCAAUUGUUUUCCAGAGUCAAAGAUGGCCUCAAGGAAAUGUGCACUGCUUUUGCCACCUAUAUCAAGGUAACAGGUAAAACCAUUGUGAUGAACCCGGACAAUGAUGCCGAGAAGGACAAGGACAUGGUCCAGAACUUGCUGGAUUUCAAGGACAAGAUGGACAACGUUAUAGACGUAUGUCUAUCUAAGAACGAGAAAUUUGUCAACGCCCUGAAAGAGAGCUUUGAAACCUUUAUCAAUCAACGGCAGAAUAAACCGGCGGAAUUAAUUGCCAAGUAUGUAGAUACCAAACUGAAGGCUGGAAAUAAGGAAGCCACUGAAGAGGAAUUAGAGCGACUGAUGGAUAAAAUCAUGGUGCUAUUUAGGUUUAUACAUGGCAAAGAUGUGUUUGAGGCAUUCUACAAAAAGGAUCUGGCCAAGCGCCUCUUGGUAGGAAAGAGUGCUUCUGUGGAUGCUGAGAAAUCAAUGUUAUCCAAACUUAAGCAAGAAUGUGGAGCAGCUUUUACCAGCAAGCUAGAGGGAAUGUUCAAGGACAUGGAAUGUUCCAAAGAUUUCAAUUUGUCUUUCAAACAGCACAUGCAGCAUGUGGACAGUCCCGGAGGCAUUGAGAUGACAGUAAAUAUUCUCACCAUGGGUUACUGGCCUACUUACACCCCCAUGGAGGUCCAUCUGCCUGCAUCUAUGGUGAAGCUACAGGAAAUAUUCAAGACCUUCUUCUAUAGUAAACACAGCGGAAAGAAGUUGCAAUGGCAGUCUACCCUGGGGCACUGUGUCUUGAAAGCAAAGUUUGCCGGGGGAGAGAAGAAGGAGCUACAGGUUUCGCUGUUCCAAACCCUCUGUCUUCUGCUGUUUAAUGAUGGAGAUGAGUUUUCUUUUGAGGAAAUUAAAACAGCCACUGCUAUUGAGGAAGGUGAACUGAAGAGAACCUUACAGUCCCUUGCCUGUGGCAAAGCCAGGGUCCUUCUGAAAAACCCAAAGGGCAAGGAUGUUGAGAAUGGAGACAAAUUCUUGUUCAACGGUGGAUUUAAACACAAACUCUGUCGUAUCAAGAUCAACCAAAUUCAGAUGAAGGAAACACCGGAGGAGAACACGACAACCACAGAGCGAGUGUUCCAGGACCGACAGUAUCAAGUGGAUGCUGCCAUUGUCAGAAUAAUGAAGACCAGGAAAACACUAACCCACAACCUCCUGAUCUCAGAACUGUAUAACCAGCUCAAAUUCCCUGUCAAACCUGCAGACUUGAAGAAAAGAAUAGAAAGUUUGAUUGAUAGAGACUAUAUGGAAAGAGACAAAGAAAAUCAAAAUCAGUAUCACUAUGUGGCUUGACAUCUUAGUCCCUAAAACUCUUGACAGUGCUUUUUAGACAUUGUGUCCUUCAUUGCAGGGAAGUUUGAUGGAAACUAUUACAGUGUAUUUAGAUCUGUGUUGCAAACUUCAUUAAGUUCAGGAAAAAACUGAUUUACAGAAUGAAGUAGUUGCAUCAGUUUUCCCUCCAUUGAUUAAUUAAAAAAAAAUCAUAUAUUGAUGUAUAUACAAGCUCUAGAAUAUUCAGUGGAUACAUGUAUUUUCAAUAGCUUAAUGAUUGUGGGAGUUAAUUGUUAUAGUAUUAUCUAAACAGCCGAGUUGCAUAAAGAAGUUCUUUGGUCUUGAUAUCAAAAUUAAGUACAGUACAAUAAUGUGUGUACUUUUACAUCAUGAGCUUUCUUUAGAUAAACAUUAUUGAUUUGACAGUCAAUAAGAGUGAAAAUUUGAUCUUUUUGCCUGUCAACACAAUGUUUAAUAUGGGAGGUGGAUUUCUGCAUUUUGAAGAAUUAUUAACAAAAUGAUUGCAAGACAGUGAAGGUUGUGACAAAAACUCAGAUGAUAAAACUCAGAGAUUUUACUUUCCUUGCAACUCGGUUUUCUGCGUCAUUGUUAACACCUCUUAUCCAUGCUGUGAAGCAGAUUCUGAAAGUAAAGAUUUGUAACUUGAGUUUUAUUUUGCAAUGGAGGUCUCAAGAAAUGUGCAUUAGCACAUGUGAUGCCAAUUUUUAUGCAGCAGAGUAAAAAAAAAAAGAAAACAUAUAUGACAUGAAUGAAAAAAUAUCAUAUACAUGUGAUUUACAUGUAUUCCGCUCUAGUUUUCCAACUUUUAAAAUGAUCACUUGAAUUACUUGCUGUUUGAUAUUGUUUAGAGCAGUCACUGAAUUAAAUGGACUGUUUUCAGUUUCUGUUACAUGAAAAUAGUUUUUAAAGAAUUGUGUACAUGUAUAUAUAUUUUACACCCAUAUGGUCUCAAAACCAUUUUUGUAUUUGAACUACUAAGAUACAAAUUUUUUUUUCACAUAUAGCAGGUAGUUUAUUGAAAGAGACCUAAAAAAUUGUACAAUGUACUCUGGUUUGAUGAUGACACACUUGGCCGCUGUAUUCAGUUUCCAUGUUAAUUACAACUGUUGUUGAUUUGGGUCCUCCUUUCUGAUGACACAGAUCUGAUGGUUAGUACAUGUAAUAUUAUACAACCUCUGUGUCCAUUGGUCAAGAGGAUGUAAUAUUAUACAACCUCUUUGUCCAUUGGUCAAGAGGAUGUAAUUUUAUACAACCUCUGUGUCCAUUGGUCAAGAGGACAGUGCUGAAUGACAAAUAGUGCGUUUGAGAGAAGAAGGGUGUAUAUGUCUGGUCCAAGUGCGAGAGAAGAAAUUUAUUUUGUGCAUUGUGCGAGGGUAAAUGGGGAUGUUUGGAAUAUUAUAGACUUUUAACAAUAUUGAUAUUUUUCUGUGCUUUAGCAGAUCCUCAUGAAUUUUUUUUUUCAUCAGAAACUAUGUGUUAAUUCAGAUUAAAGAAAAUUCAGUUUUAUGAAAUAAACAUUGAAAAAUCU